CUGCUCUCCGCCUGCUGGGAGCGGAGUUUGGAGCCCCGCACAACAAGCUCGAGCCACAGAAGCUCCACCAGCCGCUGAGUCCAGUCCCUCUGCCGACCCUUUAAACUAACAACGACCUACUUCAGAUCCAGGAGCGUCCAGGAACCUAGCAGCCAUGAAGGAGAGCAGAACUUUAUACCUUUGGCUCCAACUUUUCUCCGCGUGCCUGGUGUUCGGAGUGAAGGGUGAUUACUGUGAGGUGAACGUGUGCAUCAAUGGAGGAACGUGUGUGACCGGUGCAGGAGCUCCGUUCAUCUGUAUCUGCCCUGACGGCUUCACUGGAGACACUUGCAAUGAGACUGAGACUGGACCCUGCAACCCCAACCCCUGCAAGAAUGAGGCAGUCUGCGAGGUGAGGGGUCACUCACGCCGAGGGGAUGUCUUCAGCGAGUACGUCUGCAAGUGCCAGCCGGGCUUCGAUGGAGUCCACUGCCAGAACAGUGUCCAAGGCGCUGAGUUAAUUACGAGCAAAGACGUGAACGACUGUGCCACGCAGCCGUGUGAAAACAGCGGCACCUGCAGGGAUCUGGAAGGAGAUUUCAAAUGUCACUGCCCUUCUCCGUAUGUGGGCAAACGCUGCCAACUGCGUUGUAUUUCUCUGCUCGGUAUGGAGGGAGGGGGCAUCGCAGAGUCCCAGAUCUCAGCCUCAUCAGUCCGUUACAGCAUGCUGGGCCUGCAGCGCUGGGGACCUGAGCUCUCCCGCCUGAACAACAAGGGACUGGUUAACGCCUGGAGCCCCGCCGCACAUGACAAGAACCCAUGGAUACAGAUCAACCUGCAGAGAAAGAUGAGGUUCACGGGUAUCGUGACGCAGGGUGCCAGUCGCAUCGGAACAGCUGAGUUCCUGAAGGCCUUCAAGGUGGCCUCCAGCCUGGACGGAAAGACGUACACCAUGUACCGGACAGAGGGAGAGAGGAAGGACCGUGUCUUUGUUGGAAACGUUGACAACGACGGCACAAAGACCAACCUGUUCGAUCCUCCCAUCAUCGCUCAGUACAUCCGCAUCAUCCCUGUGGUGUGUCGCAAGGCCUGCACGCUGCGCAUGGAGCUGGUGGGGUGCGAGCUCAACGUGUAUUCAAACACCUCAGGUUGUUCAGAGCCGAUGGGCAUGAAGUCUCGCUUGGUGACCAACCGCCAGAUCUCAGCCUCCAGCACCUUCCGCACCUGGGGCAUCGAGGCCUUCACGUGGCACCCUCACUACGCCCGGCUGGACAAACAGGGCAAGACCAACGCCUGGUCCGCCGCCUCCAACAACCGAUCUGAGUGGCUGCAGGUGGAUCUGGAGUCCCCCAAGAAGGUUACAGGAAUCAUCACACAGGGGGCCAAAGACUUCGGCUCCAUCCAGUUCGUCACAGCCUUUAAAGUGGCUUACAGUGACGACGGGAAGACCUGGACCAUCGUGAAGGAUGAGACCACGAAGACAGACAGGAUUUUCCCGGGAAACAGCGACAACAACGUUCACAAAAAGAACAUCUUUGAGCCGCCGUUCUACGGUCGCUUCAUCCGCAUCCUGCCCUGGGAGUGGCACGAGCGCAUCACCCUGCGAAUGGAGCUCCUGGGCUGCGACGAGUAGCACCACCCUUAACCCAACUCCGCCUCCUUCUUGCCCUUAUUUCUCUACCUCCUCCACCUCCACCUCUUCUAACCCUCCCUCCCUCACUCCCUCCUCCCCUCCUCCUGAGCCACACCUGCACUGCCUUGCUCUCAGCCCUAGGGGGCAGCAAACACCAGAGUAGCACACCACCACCACCACCCAGACCACCCGGCUGCUUGGAGGUUGGAGAUGUUGCCCUCCACCACUGAUUAAAUUCAGCUCUCAGUGUCUCCUCUGUGUUUCUGUCCUGAGUGGAUCCAAACCUGUGAUCAUUUCAAGAAGCGACUCCAUUUUUUUUAAUCCCACCUACCGACCACAUCAGAGGUGGUGACUCCUCCCUCCCUGAGUCCGAGGUCAGAGCUAACAGGACUGCUGCUGUUCGGCUGGUGCUGCCUGGACUUCAGUCCAAUCCUAGAUCAGUUCUACCUGAAACUCUAAGCUUCAAGACCCUCGGCUGGUGAUGUAUAUAUGCUCCAAUUUAGCAGCUUGCACACUUCCUAUACAUGAACAUUUCACCAUCCCUAGAGGCACAGGCGAUAUGUUGAGACUUAGCUUUGAAUAUUUUCCAUAUCCACAAACUCAAUGUGUUUAAAUCUUUAAAGAAGUGCUUCUUGACCUUUUAGAGGGAAAAACUAGAGAUAAGUAUUCCUUGUUUUUCAGGCAGUGAAUCCUCUGUUCAUGUGUCCUACAGAACUUUUGUUUGACCUGCUUUAGAGGCUUCACAUUCAGAGUUUCAGCUUCAUAAAGAAGAGAGCAAAUGCCCCGUUAUAGCUUUCUGUGUGUGUGUGUGUGCGAGGCCACGUCGUCCUCGUCCUCGUCGGGAGGCUCCAGGCUGAAUCACAGUCAAGUCAUUAGCUCGUUUUGUGCCAACGCCCCCUCAGAGUUUUCCAUCUGUGGGUUUGUUUUGAAAAUGAAGCGCCGCGACACAAAAAAAAGAUUAAAGAACACAGUUUCAUUCGUGGACAAAAAUCCGUCAAUGAGCCGUCGCAGUCAGCCGGGUGAGCUGCCAAACAGAUGUGAGCUGAAAGUCGGGGACGCCACCCUCAGUGACAGACAGACGGACGAUGUUAUAAACAGAAGACAGACUCACAGAGCGUGAGAUCACUGUAGGAAGACAAAAGAGACUUUACUGCUGAACGCCUUCCAGAGAGAUCUGCUCAAGUGACAGGUUUAGCCCACAGUCGGCUGCUACAACAAACAGGUAUAAAACAGCUGAUUGAAAAGAAACGUCAUGUUUGUGUUUAUGAGUUUAAAGCAGAUUAGAGAGACUCCUUUUCUUUUCUUCUAAUCUAAUUCUUGAAAUGACCACGACAGUAUUUCACCAAAACAAGUCCCUAAAAUAAAAGAUGGAUGUUAUCCUCUCAGGUCCAAAUGUCUCCUCUAAUGUACAGAAAAUGCUACUGACUCCCUCGGCCGCUCUUUAGUUGAGUUCUCACAUUUCCCUUUUUUUUUUUUAUGGCACUUCGAUGUUUGUGUUUCCAGAAUAUCAAGAAACAGAAACAGAGUAUUCAUCGCUCCUUUGUUGGAUGGAUCUUCUCUCUGACAGUCUGGGUGAGAUCUUUUAGUUGUUGUAAAUAAGUCACACACACACUGUGUUAGGUUUAUCUCUCUGCCUCCAGUGAAAGCCAAGCCGCCCCCCCUCCUCCUCCCCUCCUUCUCCUGAAACCAAAUUAAAUCUGAAUUUUACGCUUUCAGUGGACACGCGACACGAACCGUCAUAUCACCUCUGCCUCUGCCUAAACCUCUCCACUCCCAUGAAUUAUGUAUUAUGGGCUUGUGCAAUAUUAUACUGUGUUAGUUUUGAUAACAAUGAAUAUUAAUUCAAGACCCUUUAAAAAAUGCAUGAGGGGAUAGCGGUGCCACUGAGAGGUCGAGGGUGGAAGUCGCCCUCGUUUGUUUUUGUUUGUUUUCUACGUCUGCAUGCGUCGUACGUUGGACCCGUUGGUGACGUAGUUUGAUUCUUUCCUUCUUUAGAUGUUCAUCGUCAUCACGGUGUUGUAGAAAUCCCCCGAUGUUCAGGUUUUCUAUUAUUGAUUUAAAAAAAACAAACGAUGUAUUUGAGUUCUCGCUCUACAGACUGUUGACCUCAUAGACUUUUGACUGGAUUUGAUUUUUUUUUUAUUCCAGUUUUGUGUUUCUAAGAGGAUUCCUUUAUGUUUGGCCUUUGUAUCUUUAAAUGAAGAAUAAAUAAAGACUU